UUGAAAUGGCUGCGUCGUCGUCUCCAAGUGCCGAUACUAACAUGAAGGAAAACCUGUCAGAGAAAAUAGAUACGGGGCUCUCGAUGGAAAGAUCUGUAGCUGAGGAUGCUAAACCAAAGGGUCUGCUUGACAAACUUCCUGACACGGUAGCGUUUGAAAAAGGAUUUCACAGUUAUUUUAUGAACCCGAUGUUGGCAGAAAUGGAGAAGCAAGUUCAGAAGAACAAUGAGAUUCUAGACAAGAUGACUGAGGAAAUGGCUGCUGAGAGGAAGAAGAGGAUGAAGGACAGAAUGGCCAAACAUAUUCCUGAAGCUCUCAGGGGCAGUGGCCAGACGAUUGAUACGAUCAUGCAUGAGGUGGAGGAUCUGAUCGUGUACCAGGAAGCUGACAGUGAGCACCAACACAAGCCGGCAGAGCUGCAGAAGCUGGAUGCACAUGGCCAGGCAGCGGUGAUGGCAUACAGUCUGUCGGCGUACGUCUCGACUCUCGACGAGGCUCACUUGAAGAAGUUCACGGCAAAAAUCUCCUCCGACUGUCAGCUGUGGUUAACCAGACUUUUCAGAUUUACCGACUCAGCGGUUGUGUACCAUGAUGAAGAAAGGAAAGGCCUGGCAAAGAUUUGCAAACUAGCUCUGUACCAGAAAUACCCCAAGUAUGCCACAGAAGGCUUUGAGGCCUUGUACUCACGACCUCCAGUCAUCUACAUCAGUGCAGCGGCUAAACCAGGACUUGGAAACUAUCUGUGUUUAGAGCUGGGUUUGCCAAUGUCCUGUAUUUGCACUGUCCCAUGUAACACUGUGUUUGGAGCCAGUAGCAAAAUGGAUGUGGCUUUGCUAGAAAAACUUAUUCAGGACGACAUUGCUGCAGCUAAAACUCCACUUCUGUUGGUGGCAUUUGCAGGCACACCUGUAGUCGGCCAUGUCGAUAAUCUGACCAGAUUGCAGGAUAUCUGCAAGAACAAUUCCAUUUGGUUGCACGUGGAAGGAAAUAACCUGGCAACAUUAACAAUGUUUUCCGUCCCAUCAUCUGUGAUGCAGGCCAAGUCUGGAGACAGUCUUACAAUUGACCUUGGCAAGUGGAUCGGUGUUCCAGCUCUGUCAUUUGCUACAAUGUUUAAAACAGAGGGAUGUGACCCGACCCUGAUUCACGCUGCAAGACUCAACACGUUCAACUUCAGGCUCAAGCUCAGUUGUCUCCCUUUGUGGAUAUGUCUGCAAACGUUAGGUCACGAUGGAAUUGUCGAUCGUGUUAAGUCCUCUGUAAAUCUGUCCAAAGCUAUGUUUGAAGACCUGGAUAAAAUAACAACUAUUAAGCAAAUCAGUCGAGAAAAAGAUGCAAAGAAAAAGGAUUCGGUUCAGACGAUUGGAGACCUGAUCAGUCGAGCCAUCAGUGCCCUGCUUGUCUUUGAUGUGGUCACUCCCACCUGUGUGUUCCGCUACUGUGAGGAUGUAGCAGGUCCAGGUACUAUGGUUGCUCAGUACGCCACGGCAAACUCUACAGAGGAGGCGCCAGUAGACAAGGAUGCAGUUUAUUAUGAUUCACUGAACACAUGGCUUGCCGAGACACUACAAACAAGUUGUCCAAAAGUUCCCGUGGAUGCCGUGGAAGUUGACAGAGAAGGAGUCUGUAUACGAUACGCUCCACUAGAGACAGCACAAGUCAAAGGCACAACAGAAGAAGAUGUAAAAGAAUUUAUAAGAGUUUUGAAAGAAAAUUUGUCUGUACUAGAUGCAACUUGUUUACAAAGGAAAAAAUUCCAGUCGAUAGUGGCAACCCAGAAGAACUUGAUUCUCAUUGAUAUUGACACGUGGGCAGGACUUGGUGUGGUUCGUUAUAUCCCGGACAUGUGGGUCAGCCAGACAGAUUCUUUACCCGACCAGGGAAAGAUAGACAUAAACAAUUUUAAUAGUGAAAUUGUGCACCGGCUUAAAGCAAUGGAUACAGCAUUUUCCACAGGUCACACCGAUGAUGGCGAUGUAUGCAUUCGGUUUGGGUUGAUAACAGACAGCACCGACAUCGAGGAACUUGUCAGUCUCGUCGCUUCUACCGGCAAAGAGGUGGAGGAAUCGUCCAAAUUCCUUGAGUCCAUGUCAGAGAUGGUCCAGAAAGGAAUCAUGGAGGCCAAUGAGGAACUGCAGAAAGAAAGCACCCACAAGUUGAUGGAGGAGGGUGUGUUGCGACAAGUUCCUCUUGUAGGCUCCCUACUCAACUGGUGGUCCCCUAGUAAGGAGACGGUGAAGGGACGAACAUUCAACUUGUCAUCAGGUAAAAUCUUCACGACGGAGACAAUAUACAAAUACCACAUGCAGGUGCAGGAGGAGGCUGAGAACUCACAGAAGAAGCAAGACGCAGCAUCAGAAUCAUCAUCAGAAUCAUCAUCUUCAUCCCCAGCCGGGUCCCAGAACAAGCAGGACACUCCUCUCAAGUCGAUUCUGAAAGCCUCCAAGUCUGACCCUGCCACACCCAACAGCAAGUCGGCCGGGGCCGUGAAGGCUGAACUGAUUAACCAGUCGGUGGCCAGUCCGGAUGUCAGUCCGGAAAAGGAGGGCCAGGAGGUGAAGGCCGUUCGGAUGGCACAGGAAGAUGAUGGAGCUGAUACUGGAUCAAAGUCUUCUGAUACAAAGGAUGAAGCCCCACCUGCAUCCUCCUAGUGAUGAAGGACAAUACUCAUUCCAUCAUCUCAUCGCAUGUUACUACAUCCAUGUAAUAGCUCUCGUUUAUAGUCAUGAUCUCAUCGGGUGUUCGAGUAUUAUCUAUGCAGCAAUAUGACUGGUCCAUUUCUCUCUGAACAUGUUAUAUACAGACACCUGAUUCCAUAGUGGCACAUCUUGUUCACACUUUUUACCCCGUCUUCUCGGCACUUUAGUUUGUUGUGUAGUUAGGUACUAAAUUACAAUUACCAUGUAUUCACAGAAUAAAUUAAAUAUGCAAUUCAGCAUGUUAUGAUGUCAGAAAGUGAUAAACGAUUAAUGUAAAAUGUUUGCAGUAAAGAAUCUUGUAAAUACGGUCAACCUUGUGUUAAGAAGCCAGCUAGGUGUGUCAUGAAAGUGACCUCAUGAGACUAUAGGGUCACUGCAUAUCAAAUCACCCAAAAGAAGAGGAAUUUUGUUUCUAUGGUGGUUAUGGCUGAGAAACCUUAAUUUUCAAAGAUGACCUCAUUCGGACCAACGGUUUGGGAGCUACAGCCCGCACAGUUUGGUAAAAAUCACCACUGGUCCAGUCUUGAUAGGAAUGACAUCUCUGGAAUGGAAAUUGCCCAAGGAUCCCAAAUCUGCCAUUAUUUUGGAUGUAGAGUUAAGUUAAACCGUGAUGAUAUAUACUAAUGUACUAAUACAGAUAUAUAUAUAUAUACAGAUAUACUAAUAUAUAUAUAUAUACAGGUAUACUAAUUGAAAGAUAUAAGGGAAUACAUGGUAUUUGAGACCAUAUUUAAUGGAUUACUAAGAGCAGUAAUGCAUGUUUAAAAUACAGUUGUAAUGUAGGACUGAAUGUCGGUAAUGUGUCAUUGAAUAACACUUAACGUGGUUAGCUUCCCAAUACUAGGGAUGAUAUUUGCUGUCGCUGUUUAUGUGUUUCCUUAUUUCUUUCCAUCAAUAUAUGUUUAACAAGUGGCUGCUAAACACGGCUGUGCUUAUAAAACUUUAUAGACUAUUUUGUUCUCAAACUCAAGACGUUAGCAGUCUUCAGACUCUUAACUACAUGCUGCUAUUUGUAUGCAAAGCUGUAAAUCUUUAGAUCUUUUGAGAAUUAUGAAUUUUAGUACCUUGAAAAUUGUUCCUGACUUUGUUGUUUAAUGAAAGGCUCAGAAACUGUUUAAUUUUGAAAACACUAUGCAGUUUUCUUGAUGUUUGUCCAAUGUCCUUGUUUUUUCAGUUAAUAGGCCUUCAUUUUAGGUUUCAAAUUUUAUGGCAGGAUGUCCUCUUGAUCAGGUUUGACAGUACUUUAUAAACAAACUGGUGUAUAACAUGUGGUAAGAGAGUGUCAGUCUAGUUUCAUAAGACUUAAGUCUGCUUAAUCAAGUUUGACAAUGCCAUCUGAACAAACUGAUGUACAAAAUGACACAAAGGUGUGUGUCACGGUUUGACACUAAUGCAUUCGUCUUCUCCCGCAGUUUCAUAUGGGUGUCAAAUCAGUCAAUCAAUCAACCAUUUGACUCAUGCUUACGUCCACUGAAAGUUCAAGCACAGCUGUCUUAGACACAUUCUCCGAGAUUCCCUGGUGGAUGGGUCCAAGACAGAGAGUCAAAUCAGGUUUCAGAAAUAAAGCCCUAUGAAUUUGUUGAUAUCUUUACUGCUUUAUGCUGUUCCAAGAGUACAUAAUAUUCAGAAAACAAUAAGGGAGCACUAACACUGACAGGGAAGAAUGACUGCAACCAAAACCUUUAUCCUUAGUGUCGGGAUAUUAACAGUGUUAUCAAUCUCACAGUACAGACAUUCAAUCUCACUUUAUAUCUUUGUACUUAGAGACAUUAUAAUGCUAACAGAGAUUGAAAUUUGGCCUACAAUACUAAGUGUUUCCUUAUUUCUUUUUCUCAGUAUAUAGAGUCUUAUUUUUACCAGUUUAAGUAGACUGUACAAAACAGCGCAUGUGCAAACUGGAUUUUCAAUUUAAACCAGCACGAUCACAGUCCUGUUGGAUGAAAUCUGUCUAAGUAGCAUUCAGUGUAUACCAGUGAAUUCUAGUUGUCCUCCUUGAAGCUGUUUAGACAAAGAGUCCAAUAGGUUAGAUUGCAUUUGAACUUGUAUUGCAGUGCACUGACAGAAAAACGCUGGUUUCUGAUGGUUGUAUUUGUAGAUGUUGCUCAUAAAAACAUUCCUGUCAUGCAGUUAGGUUUUCUCAAAUAUUUAUUUAAUAUGUGUUAUGUUAUAUACCCAUCGUGGUUUCCUUGUUUCAUUUUAUUUGUGGGAAUCAACUUUAUAUAUAUAUAUAUAUGAGUUUUUGUAAGAUGUGACAUUUCCUUCAUUUGUGGGAAUCAACUUUAUAUAUAUAUGAGUUUUUGUAAGAUGUGACAUUUCCUUCAUUGAUACUUUUAGUGAUAUGGUGGGCAAGUUAAAAUGUCAGUUUAAGGUUAUUGGGAAGUUAGAUUUGUACUAAAAUAAAACCAUAUAAAUAUGUACCUUGCAAAUAAUAAUAAUAAAAAAGCCCUGCUUUUUAAAAAUAUUACAUGCCCAUAAAUGUUUGUAUUUAGUUCAGGAAUUCUUUUUUGUACUUGUGAUUAACUGUUUUUAAAGCUUUUCUUACUGGGUACACAAAAUAAAUUUUGGGAACAGAUAUGUUAGGGUUUCUUUUUUCCUUAUACACACAUGUAUUAAAUUAUUUUUAUGGGCAUUAUUUAGCAUAUAUAUAACAUAUAGGUGGGGUUUUAUGUUCAAAUUGUUUAAUUUAGUGGGAAAUGUUAAGCAUCAAUAUAUUCAUUUUGAUUGCUAACUUUCACUGGGGGGAAAAGUUCAAAAGAGCUAAUUGUAUUUUAAUAUGUUAUUGCUAAUAUUUUUAAAGCUAUGUUAGCCCUACGAUACCGUAAAACCAUUGUAGGCUAUGACAUCACUACAACAUGCCAUAGUGUCAUCAUAACUCCAAUGGUUUUAUGAUAUAGUAGCACUAAGAUAGCUUUGAAAAUAUAGGCCAAGCUUUAUAGUAUUUUUAUCAAUUGUAGAUUGAGGUUGUGUUGUGGUUAGUAUGUUAUGUUUAUAGAAACCACAACAGAGAGGGUUUUAAGCUGUGUUUUUUUAGGGGGAUUUUCAACAUGUCUUGUUAUUUAAUAUUUUAAAAUGGAAUGAACAUAGUGAACUGUGCAUGUAAUAUUUAGUAAUAUAUUGGGGUUGUGAAAUCCAACAAAUAUUUCAUUUAACACAUAAACUGUGGAUAUUUGAUGUGUAACAUGAUUAUUUUAACAUUUGAUCUAGAUUGAGAGAGAGAAAAUCCACUGCUACCACAUAUAUGUAGUGGAUAAUAACAGUGGAUCUGUUUUAUGUACUUUUCUCAUAGACAAGACAGCACAUGCCAUAGACUCAUAUAUCACUUGUGAGGCCCCAUUGGAAAUGGGAGAUAAACCUUGACAGGUCCCCUUCUAAUGAGCACUUUUAUUACCAUUGCACCCAAGCCAAGCACAUCAUCACUGAAUGCCAUUCCACCCAUAUUGUGUCUGAAUGUUAUGAUCGUAACAGUGUCCAUUCUGGGGAGCAGGAGUAAGUCCUAGCAUAUGUAUGAGUAGACCUGUCUGUUUUAAAAACAAAUUUCAGUCAGUACCCUGACUAGCAUACCUUAAAUCUGAAUGACAAAGCCUUUUCCUUAAUCAAAACCAUAUCUUUGCACACGGCAAAGUCGAAAGGUCGUUUUGGUGAAGUUGUAAAGAUAGGUCAUAGAUCCCUGAUAUUGUCAUAGAUUUGGGGAUAAUAUAUAAAUAAAAUAUACACAAUGUAGGUAUUGGUAUAUGCUACCUUAAUGGUUUACAAGGUACAUCUCUUUUAGUGUUUUUAUUUGUUGGUGUUUUAAUUGAACUUGCAACUACAUAUAGUUACCAUUAACACUUAUGGCUAAUAUCAGUAACUCUGUUGCAGGUUGUUUGUUGAUUAUCAGAUAUGUUAAUAUAAUUAAAUUGGUUUAGAGUUACCUGUUCUUGUUCAUGAUGUUUUAUAAUUGUUCUGUUACCGGGGACUCCUGUACAUAUGGAUAGUAAUUAUUUAUUUGUGUACUUGCUGUAUAUAUUCACGUAUUUGAGCCCAUUCCUGUUGUAUAAAACUGUAGUAAUGUGGACCUGUAAUACAUGUUUGUGUCAUAUAUUGACUUCAUUGUGACUUUAAGAGAUAACAAGCUUCAUAAACAUGUCUGAGAAUGCUGCCCAUGGUCGUAAAUACUGUUAAUGUUUAUGUUAGUCAUAAUGAGGAGCAUUUUAUUUUGUGCAAUUUUCAGAUUGAUUGUUACCACAUUUUCAUCAUGCAGUAUUCAUAAAAUUCUGCUCUGUAGUAAAAGAUUUUAGGGAAAUCCAUAACAAGUGCAGAUGUGAGCUGACUGAUCUAAAGUAAAGGUAUUAAAUAUGAAUUGUCUGCACUCAUGUUUACCACAACACCCCCACCCCACACUCCAUCUCGUACACUUUGAUUUUUAAAGUGAAAAUAUAGCAUGGGGAAUACAGGCAAUUAAUAUGUCUGCAUAUAUAAAAUUUGUUUUAACUUUACUAAUUGUUUAAGCACAAAGAAUGUUUUUUUUAUUAUUCAAACAAUGAUUUGAAACAUAAUAAACUAAUCCCAUUCUUUCAAAGUAUUUUACUUUAAUAAUUUAAAGUUUUAUUUUGUAUUUAUUUAGUUGAAGCUGAAUACUAGGUCUUGUUAUGAAGCAAUACUAAUGUUAAUUAAAACAUUUUCUUACACACUCGUUGGUGAGAACAUCAUUUGUUAUUUUUUAUAACAUACACGUGCAAUAACAUUUUAAAGACAUAUGACUGGUGAUGAUCAGGUCACCAAUGAAAAAAAAAAGCAUGGUCAAAUCGAUCACUCUGUGAUGUACAAGUUGACCUGAAAUUGACGAGUCAACUAUAAGUACUAGGGCCGUACAUAGGUUUUUCUUUUAGUUGGAAAAGCCAUUUAAAUUUAUUUUAAAAUUGUUUUCUGAAGUUAUGUAAGAAAUAGAAUACUACAUUCGUGUCCGUUAGAUAUGAUUUAUCUUACAACUCGUUUAAAAAAUGUAUCGCUCGUUUUAUACAUUUUAACAAAAACUUGUCUUAAGAUAAACGGUAUCUAACGGCCACUCAUGUAGUAUUCUCUGUUUACAGUGUUCAGUAAAACCCAGGUCGUAAAAUAUAUUUUACUAAUACUCCUAAAAGUUAGUGGGAUUGGAUUGUUGUAAUGAUGUCCAUUUUAAUUAUUUUCAUGAAUAUUUUUAUUGGUCUGUGAUUGCUGUGAAAUCCAUUCUGUUUUCAGAUUAUUGUUUACAAUGUGUAUUUUGUUGAAGUUUAUUGGUUUGUAUACAAAUGCACAACAUUUCACUUUUAUACCACAAUAUAUGUUAAUUGGUUAGUGGGGGGGGGGGUGGGUGUUGUGAGGGGUUUGUGCUUAGUAAUAAUGGCGGAUAAUUCAAAUAUCUUCACUAAACGAUGAUUCUUCUACUACCAUCUGGACAAUAGAAUUAAUUUAAAUAGAUAAAGCUGGAUUGUGUUUGUUAAUUGCUUCUUUCGUGUUAAAUUGUUACAUAAUUAAUCAUUUCAUCUUCUGUAUGUUCUUUAUGUAAGUAACCAGUUUUUAUACACAUAAAUUUAUGAUCGUAAUUCGCAUUUUUCACCCAUGAGUUUUAUUUUUGUAUUUUCAUUAGGUUCAUUUCAGAAAUAUUUACUAGGCAGUGGCAGUUUUCUUUUCUUUUUUUCCAUCUUCUAUCAUCUGUAGCAAAAUGUCUAAACCUAUUUUGCAAUCCUAUUACGUGUAAAAUAGUUUUGUUGUAUGUGUGUAAUUUUGUUACAGUUACUACAGGUAGAUUAGUUUGCAGUAACAGUAUAAUAUUAUGCAUUUUGGUGAGUUAAUAAGGUUUUCAUAUUUAGAUAUUUCUGAUCUGUAAGUCCACGAAGUUUAAAGGCAUAUUGUUACAGACCACUGACCUGUUACAUGGCUUAACAAAGUAUUACUUGAAAAUAUAUAUAUUGGAUUUGUCCCUAAAUGUACUUUAUUCAAUCAUUGCCAUACCCCA